AUGGAUCCGUUAAGCUUGGCCGCCAGUAUAGCUGGUGUUGCUACAGCUGCAUUCCAAAUCAUCGGAUACCUAGGAACUGCCGCAGCGGGUGGUAAAGAACGGCUUGCACUUCUCCAGGAACUGUCGAACUUGUGGAUUACCAUUACAGCCCUCCAGGCGCAAAUCGCCCCCGAUGGGAAAGUCCUUGACAAAGACCACUUCCCACCACAACUACUCUCACUAUUUGACUCUGAUUCCACCCUUAAUGAGUUAGAGACCCUGGUCAAAGAAGUGGAGGGCAAAUUGAAGCCCAGAUCGGCUCGUGGAAGUAUCCGACAGACUCUGGCAUGGCCGCUGGCCAAGUCGGACGUCAUCCAAAUCAUAGAAAGAAUAUCCCGAAUUCAACAGACUUUGCAUUUUGCACUCGAGCAAUCUAAUUAUGCUCUCAGCCAGGAGAUCUACCGUGAUGGCCAAGCGGUGAAGACUAUCAUCGAUGAGGCUCGGAUGAAGGAAAUGAUUGACUGGGUAUCACCAUUAAAUUUCGUUGCAAAGCAGAGCAUUCUUUUCAAGGAACAACAUGAUGGAACAUGUAAAUGGUUUCUAGAAUCUGAAAAGUUCCUCAGGUGGAAAGAAAGUGAAAAUGCUUUGCUAUUUUGUCCAGGUAUUCCAGGGGCGGGGAAAACUCUCCUUUCAUCCAUCGUGGUGAAUGAGCUGGAUAAACUUCGACUUAGUGAAAAAGGCGGAGUCAAAGGUGCCGCAAUUCUUAUGUUAUACUGCAAAUGGGAUGACUCGCAGUCGCAGUCGAUCGAUGGCUUGCUCGCGAGUUUGAUCAAGCAACUGGCCCAACGUUAUGGCAUCGUUUCGGAUGGCACUUCGAAGAUGUUUUCCAAACACAGUAAAGCAGAGACGAGUCCCUCGCGAGAUGAAUAUUUAGCAGUACUCAACAAGGAGCUGGCGAACUUUCCAAAGGCUUUCAUAAUUGUGGAUGGUCUUGAUGAGCUGCGAGAAGAGAGAGGGAGACUAACUCUUAUCGAGACUCUCACCUCUCUCGAUAUUAGCCUUAAUAUCAUGGCUACCUCAAGACCUGUUGAAAACAUCACCAGACACUUUGCUAAUGAUUUGAAUAUUUAUUGUGACAUCUGUGGUAAGACAAAUCAGAAUUUUCAGUAUCACUGCGGUGACUGCGACGAAACUAUUCGAAUUGUUGGCUUUGAUGUCUGCGAAGAAUGUUACGAUAAGGGAGAGCGAUGCGGCAACAACGGGCACAUCAUGACCAAGCGUUUCAACAGUAGCUGGAUUGAGAUUGCUGCUAUGGAGCAAGACCUCUUGGUAUAUGUUAAAUGGCGAAUUGGUUCUUCGGAUUUUCUUCAACGUUGUGUCGAGAUGAAGACAGGGCUAAUGGCUAGCAUUGUGGAAAGAGUUGUCAACGAAAAUGAUGGGAUGUUUCUUUUAGCGAAAUUCAACAUGGAUACACUUGCUUCCAAAAUGCGCCCAGGGGAAGUUGUGGAUGCCUUGAAGGUUUUACCAAAGGAGCUCAGCGGAACUUAUACGGAUGCAAUGACACGCAUUGGCGACUUACCUUCAAGUCACAAAGCCUUUGCCAUGGACUUCCUCGGUUGGGUCGUUUUUGCUGAGCGCCCCUUGGAAUGUCGAGAAAUUGAGCAUGCAAUUGCUGUUUCUGCUGGAGAUCAUGAUGUUGAUCCCGAUAAUAUUAUUCGUGUUCAAGUUCUUGCUUCGAUGUGCGCCGGCCUUGUCAAAUUUGACGAAUCUGACUGUGUCCGGUUGGUUCAUUAUUCUGCUAAGAACUACUUCUCUGAGGUCGAGAAUCAGGAAAAGUGGUUUCCCGAAGGCGCAACCAAAUUGGCAUCAACAUGCCUUACUUAUCUUUUAUUUGAUCCCUUCCAGUCUGGUCCAUGCUCGGGACCCUCCGAGCCCGCUGACUUUGAUGAGAGGCUUGCAAAGUACCCACUAUUAAAAUACGCAUCAGAAUAUUGGGGAGUGCAUCUUCUUCAAUCUCCACAAGAAGCACUUUUUGAUCAAGCUCGCACCCUUCUAACAGAUCCCACCCGAUUUGCCUCUAUAUCUCAAGCUCUGUGGUACGUGGAUGAAGAAGAUUCUGCGAGCUGGACUGGCAAGGAAGGUAGCACUCCUUUGCACCUUGCAGCACAUUUCGGGCUGAAUAGAUUGGCGAUCGAGCUUCUUCAAAAUGGAAUUGACCCAAACACCCGAGAUAUUAACGGCGUGACACCUCUUGCUAUUGCCGCUGCCCGGGGCGCUACUGAAGUUGGCGCUACUCUAAUUCAGGCCGGCGCCGACAUCAACUCUGUGGACAAUGUUGGGGGAACUCCACUCCACGGUGCCGUGACUCAUUGUGAGAAGGAAAUGGUUAGAUUAUUACUGCAGCAAGAAAAAAUCGAUGUCAAUCUUGUCGCCACAAGGGAAACUCCUCUCAUGAUAGCAGCCUAUGGAGGAUAUCUCGAUAUCAUCAGGCUCUUUCUGAAGUGUCCAUCCCUCGAUAUCAACAAAAGAUCAACACGAGGCACCACGGCUCUUAUGAGAGCUGCGCUUUAUAAUGAGAAGGAAGCGGUGGAUCUUCUUCUGACUCAUCCUGAUAUUGAUAUUGAUCUUCAGGAUGUCGGAGGCUCUACGGCUCUGUUAUUGGCCGCGAAAGAUGGAGACCGUCGAAUUGUGGAAGCCCUCUUGGAUCAUGGUGCAGAUACUGAAGUUCUUCAGGAUGGAUCACAAGGAACUGUCCUCAACCGAGCAAUCGAUUAUAAUCAAAUCCCUGUCGUUAGAUUACUACUUGACCGGGGGGCGAAUGUUCAUCACAAGGAUGUGUUAGGACGAGGAAUGCUUCACUCCGCUGCCAUCAAUGGGUGCAGCGAAAUCAUUCAGAUUCUGCUUGAGUUUGACAAUACUCUUGAUGUGAAUAUGCAAGACGUGGAUGGCAAGACCACUCUCCACGACGCAGCCCGCGCGGGAUCGGAAGCGACCGCCAGAGUUCUACUCGAGUACGGGGCCGACGUGACAGUGAAAGAUAGUUAUGGCCGAACCCCUGUUUACGUUGCCCGAGAAACAAAUAAUAUGGAAGUCUUGAAGUUACUCAGGGAAGCCCGAAGAGCAAACAAGGAAAGAGAGAGGCCCUGCGAAAGUGAACCUGGUCUACCAAAACGCACAGAGACUGGCACAAUUAUCCAGUUUCCGGUACGCACAGAUACAGAGAUUUCAGUCAACACUCCCUUGCCGAUUUGGGCACUUGCAAGUUCUGAAUCUAUCGAAGAGUUGAAGUCCAGACUUCUUAACUCGACGAAGCUUGAAAUCAACGCACAGGACCCGGAUGUUGGAGAUUCUGCACUCCACUACAGUGCUACUCGCAAUAAUCCAGAUAUCACACGUCUUCUCAUUGAUCAUGGAGCAGAUUUGGACAUAAUGAACAAAUACGGUCGCACGCCUUUACAUCUAACGUCGCUUUACAACAGCAUAGAUGUUACCCCAGUGCUCCUGGAUGCGGGGGCUGAUAUGGAAUUGAAGGACCAAUGGGGCGAUUCACCCUUGACAACGGCAAUGUACUACGAAGAAAGGAUCAGCACCAUGUUGGUGGCACACGGAGCAAAUUUACCCAAGUCACGACGAGAGUUGAACGUCUUGUUGGAACAGGCUGUUGUGUUCGGGAAUGAAGCAGCAGUUCGGCGACUAGUCGCAGCUGGUGCUGAGAUUUUGAGAAAGGACACAUUCGGCCACACACCAUUCACUUUGGCGCGAGUUUAUAACCAUGAAGAAAUCGCAAAGCUUCUAUUGGAACUAGGAAAUCUGUCCGAAUCAUCAUCACCAUUCGAAGAAUCAGAAAUACCAGAGACGGAGCUCCACUCUGUGACGACGCCAGAGGAGAAUCAUAUGGAUUCCCUCCAGAUAGGGUCCGUUCAGAAACCAGUCGAUACACCUACUGAUCUUAAUCUAAAUGAGCCCCCCUCACCUGAACUCUCUAUGAGCGACUACACCGGAAGAAAAAGAUCGGAUUCAAAUAAUCUGCAGAUUCAAGCACAGGAGCCAUCUGCCCUCGAUAUUUAUGCUAAACAUGAACCAAAGGUGAAGAGCUUGCCAAAGGUAUAG